UGCGCUCGGCGUGCAGCGCGGUUAAGGGAGUUGGCCAGGGAUGAGUAGGGGCUGGGCGGCGAGCUCUGACUGGGAAGGAGAGUUCCUAUAGGCAGGCUGUUUGCAGGAGGCGGAUCCUGAUUGGUCCGGCCUCUGUGAAGGCUGCGAGCGGCGGGGUUAAGCGCGUCGCCGCCGCCCGGGCCUAGGCGCGAGACCGCAGAGCUGGAUCCGCGCCCCGGACCUGGAGCUGCGGUCACUGCCAUGGGCCUCCGCCUCUGCCCUUACCUCGCCGCCCUGCUCCCGAGUGGCCUCCUGUUACUCCUUAUGCUCACAGAUCUGGCGCUCCCGGCUGGACGUCCGCCACCGGUGGUGCUGGUGCCCGGUGAUUUGGGCAACCAGCUGGAGGCAAAGCUGGACAAGCCGACAGUCGUGCACUACCUCUGCUCCAAGAGGACAGACAGCUACUUCACACUCUGGCUGAACCUGGAACUGCUGCUGCCUGUCAUCAUUGACUGCUGGAUUGACAAUAUCAGGCUGGUCUACAACCGAACGUCCCGCACCACCCAGUUUCCUGAUGGUGUGGAUGUGCGUGUCCCUGGCUUUGGGAAGACCUUCUCACUGGAGUUCCUGGACCCCAGCAAAAGCAGCGUGGGUUCCUAUUUCCACACCAUGGUGGAGAGCCUUGUGGGCUGGGGCUACACACGAGGUGAGGACGUCCGGGGGGCCCCCUAUGACUGGCGCCGAGCUCCAAAUGAAAACGGGCCCUACUUCCUGGCCCUCCGCGAGAUGAUCGAGGAGAUGCACCAGCUGUAUGGGGGCCCCGUGGUGCUGGCUGCCCACAGUAUGGGCAACAUGUACACGCUCUACUUUCUGCAGCAGCAGCCACAGGCCUGGAAGGACAAGUAUAUCCAUGCCUUUGUGGCACUGGGUCCGCCCUGGGGGGGCGUGGCCAAGACCCUGCGCGUCCUGGCCUCAGGAGACAACAACCGGAUCCCGGUCAUUGGGCCCCUGAAGAUCCGGGAGCAGCAGCGGUCUGCCGUCUCCACCAGCUGGCUGCUGCCCUACAACUAUACCUGGUCACCCAAAAAGGUCUUCGUGCACACACCCACAGCCAACUACACGCUGCAGGACUAUCACCGCUUCUUCCAGGAUAUUGGCUUCGAAGACGGCUGGCUCAUGCGGCAGGACACGGAGGGGCUGGUUGAGGCCAUGGUGCCACCUGGCGUGCGACUGCACUGCCUCUAUGGCACUGGUGUCCCAACGCCAGACUCCUUCUACUAUGAAAGCUUCCCGGACCGCGACCCGAAAAUCUGCUUUGGUGAUGGUGACGGCACUGUGAACUUGCAGAGCGCCCUGCAGUGCCAGGCCUGGCGCGGCCGCCAGGAACAAGAAGUGUCAUUGCAGGCAUUGCCGGGCACUGAGCACAUCGCGAUGCUGGCCAACACCACUACCCUGGCCUAUCUGAAACGCGUGCUCCUCGGGCCCUGAUUCCUAUGCUGGGCAGGGCUCUGGGAUGGCCCGGCCACCACUGCUUGUCCUGGCCUCUGGGGCAACCAUGGCCCAUGAGUUGAGCAGUUUGUGUCUGAUCAUCUAAGGCCCUGGAUCUUGGGUUGUGAAGUGGGGAAAUGCUGCGGUUUUUAUCCUUCCUUUCUGGGAAUGAGGAAGGAAGACAUAGUCUGAACUUACUUGAGGGACCCUUGGAAAGAAUGCUGCUGAUGGUGGAAUUGUGACCUCAGGACUGGCUCCGCAGGUGGAUUGGCUGGCACCUGGCCCCAAUCCCCAGUGUCGGGGCCUUGUGUUCCUCCUACCCCUGUGGCCUUUUCACACUCGCCCACCAGGGCCGGGCUCCUCAGCUUUCUUGUGAGGGAUGUUACAGAACUGUGGUCCCUAGGUUGGGCUCCUGGUCCCUACGGUGUACCUUCUCACACAUUGGCCACAAGUCGGCCUGCUACUGGCCAUGGGUGGCUGGAGCUGCUGUCUUCGCUGUGGCCUAGCUGCUCACACAGCCUGACUGUGGCUUUCUGGGGGCAGCCCGGUUCCCCCUGCAGGCAGGGGUGGGUUGUUAUGUUCUCCAUGGUUCCCAGGCCCUGGGGCAUUCACUCCUACCUCCCUUACUUCUAAGAACAGCCUAGCUCAGGGCUGGGCAGCAGGUGGACCCCCAGUUCUCGGGGCUGUGUCCCAGGAGCCCUGAUCUCCUUGGUUGGGCUGUUGCCCACAGUAUUGAUGCUGCCUCCCUUUGCCCUGGGGCUGUGGUUCAAGAAUGAGAGCAGAGCCUGGUGCCAUGCCCUUUAGGUACUCAUGAAGAAAGAGAACUCAAGGAAGCAGCCAAGGCCAAACAGAGCCACCCUGAGCUGCCCUCUUGCUGACCCUCCACCACAUUGCCACCCUGCCCAGGAUCUCUCUGGCAUUCACGUGGGCUGGCACAGGACUGAGAGGAGGUAGGACUCUUGCCCACUCUGCCCAGCACCCAUCCCCACCAGGCAGCUCAGUGGUGUUUAGUCAGCAGGGACUUGCCCAGAAACUUGAGUGGGCCCCUGAGAGAGCCAGGUGCCUUAGGGGCCCCCUAGGGGUUUUCUUCCUGCUCCAGAGGUGCUGCAUGGAUCUCCCUGUGAUAGCAGGGAUGGAGGAUGUGGAUCUGCCUUGGUGGUCUCCAAGUGGGCAAUGCCUAAAGGCCAAGACUUGGGUCUAGCCUCUGGGGUGGAGCCCCAAAGCCACAGUCAGGCUGGACUGUGCUUCGCUCCUACAAGGUUUCUGUGAAGCAGAAUUUUCUCUGUUGCAUUCAUACCCAGCAUCUGUCUCUCCCUUUGUUCCUGAGUGGUGGGCCCCACAUGGGGCUCUGAGCAGGCUGUACCUCAAUUCUGGCAAUAAAGUAUUCUGGAUGCUGUAAAGUGCCCUGGCCCAGCCUCUGCUCUGAGCAUGGGAGGAAGGAGGCAGUGGAAGGGUGAGGGGACCAGCGAGGCAGGUAAUCAGAGGCUAGACCUUGACCUCUCUGGGGCCUUGAUGGGUUCUCUCAGCACAAAAGCAUGGCUCCUGUGCACCUCUUUGGGUUUUAUCCUCCUUCCCCCUCUCCUGGGAUCUAGUUCCCCUCCUAGGACUGAGAACCAGGACCUGAAACAUUCCUGUUGGAAUGAAGCUCCUGCCCACCACCCCACCCUGCCGCUCCUAUGUGGUCAACGGGCCCCAAAUGCCACCCCACAGCUGGGAGCCAAGGACAAUCCUGACGGUCGCCCUGUCUGGACUCUCCUUCCCAGCUUUCUGUCCUCCCUCAGCUUGCAGGUCUCAGCACCUUUGAAUUUUUUUAGGAUGCUACCCUUCCCUUCUACUUUGUUUCAUCAGUUCAUCUGCCCACCAUCUGUCCCUCUUUGGGAACAGAGUGAGACUGAGGAGGGAGGGAAGAGAAACCAAGAUGGACAGAGAUAGGGACUGAGAGACUGGGGACCAAAUGGAGAUGGAUAAGAACAGAGGAACACAGAGUCUGAGACAGGAAAAUGUGCGUAAGGAUGGAGACUAGGCCAGAAGUCUGUAGUGCAGAGCCCAGAGCUGGGGGCCAGUGAGGGUGGUGGAAGCCCCAGUUCCUGCCUCCUCCACAGGAGCCUGGCCAGCCUGGGUUUUAGGUGUCAAUACACCCUGGGCCGCUAGAGGGCGCUCUGAAUCUUCUCACUACACAAGUUAUCGGCCAGACCUGGAAAAAUGGGUGGCCCAGGGGGUUAGGCUGCCUAGGAAUACACAGGUCCAGCUGCAUCGCUGCCCUUGGUAAAAAGGAUGACAACAUGAAAGGGAGUAAACCCUUACUCCCAGGUCCUGCCCAGCCUGACUCUUAGUGCCCUGACACAUACCCACUCGUGGCCUUGCCGCCACCCUCUCACCCCUGAUCUGUUUCAACCCCACUUCUACCGUCAGUUUCACAGCUGUAGAGACAGGGUAUGGAGUCAGAGCAGGCUUCAGGACCAGCAGACUGGGGUUCAAAUCUGAGCUCUACCACCUCUAGCCAAGUAGCUUGGGGAGUCUCCUGACCCCCCUAAGCUUCGGUUUGCUCAUCUUAAAAAUGGGGAUGGGGACUUCCCUGGUAGUGCAGUGGUUGAGAAUCCGCCUGCCAAUGCAGGGGACACAUGUUCGAUCCCUGGUCCGGGAAGAUCCCACAUGCCGUGGAGCAACUAAGCGUGUGCCACAACUUUUGAGCCUGCGCUCUAGAGCCCACGAGCCACAACUACUGAGCCUGUGUGCCACAACCACUGAAGCCUGCGUGCCUAGAGCCCAUGCUCUGCAACAAGAGAAGCCACUGCAAUGAGAAGCCCGCACACUGCAACGAAGCGUAGCCCCUGCUCGCUGCAACUAGAGAAAGCCCGCGCACAGCCACAGAGCCCCAAAGCAGCCCCCCCCCAAAAAAAAAAAGAAAGAAAAAUGGGGAUGAAUAAAUGUACGCUGUAGGGUGGUCCUGAGGAACACUGAUGGUUUUGGAGAACAUUUGAUUCAGUGCUUGGUUCAUGGUGGCUUUCAGCUGGCAGGAUGCUGUAACUGGGUGUGAGACAGUGAAGCCAGAGGUUCUGAGAGCUUGUAGGUCAUGCAUGCUGCUGAUACAAGGACAAGUGGACUGGCUGUUACUGAGUGACACAAGUGUCCAGAGCCCUUCCUCUGCCAGGCCAGGGAGGCAGGAGGAACUGAUCCAGGGGGCAAAGGGUCAGAUUCUAAUGACUCCAAAUAUAUGCAUGCAGACGUACCUCAGAGAUACUGUGAGUUCGG